AUGUUAUCCGGAAUAAAAAUUAUUCCACGAGAUAAGGUCAAUAGCUCCUCCAGGAAGGAGGUAUCUGAGUUGGAUUAUUCUCCAGGGAAGAGGAAGAAGUCUAAGAGUAAGAAAAAGAAACAUGACAAGAAAAUGAAUAAGCGGAAGAGUUCCUACAGCUCUGAUGAUGAUGACGACAUCAUGUCCCAGUCUACAAGUGAUACUUAUUCAGAGAGUGAAGAGGAGCUGAGUAGAAAGAAAAAGUCUAAGACGAAAAGGAGUAGCCUCUCAUAUGACGAGGAUUCUUUAUCAAGUGAUGAGGGAAAGAAGAAAAAGCGUGCCAAGGCAAAAAACCAGGCGGUAAAAGGUAAUUCGCUCAUCAGAUAUUCGUUUUAUGUGUCAAUUGCCAUGCUGAUAUUCAAAAUCUCUGUUAGGAGUUUAUAACCAUUCUUUUUGCAGAGGAGAUUGGAGAGAAGUCCCACAGGGAUAAAGAACUUUUGAGGAAAGAAAUGGGUCUGGACUGGAUGCUAAAGUCUAGCGAUGGUAUGGCAAGGAAGCCUGCUGAUCUUGAUCAUGUCCAUGAAGAAGUUGUAACAGAAGAGGUAUACUUGUGCAUCUGCCCAUGUGCGAUCUAUUUAUUUAGUAGUGCCCCUUAUUCCAUCUUCACAUUUGAGUGACCUUUUAAAACAGAAGAAUCUGAGAAAGAUCAAAUUAUAUUUUCUUCAACAUAAUACUCAGAUGCUGAUACUCUGCUAUAAUCAAAAAAAGGAAUUUUUUUUAAAGGACUUGGAAUUAUGUCACUUAUAUCCAUUUUACUAACUUAUCAAUGGUUUGUCAGAUGCAUAAUCUUGUACCAUCAUGGAAUUUUAGGUAGGAGCUGCAUUAGGGUAAAGGAGAGAGGUGAGGGGUGACAUAACAGAGAUGGAUUGGGGAAGUAGAGAGGAACAGAAGAUAGAUGAGGUCACAGAGACACUGAAAAAGAAGAGAGAGAACUAGCGGAAACAAGAGAGAAGCUGCCCUGGGGGGGAGGGGAAGAGAAUUAAAUAUAGAAACCUAGAGCAGAAGAUAGAUGUGUGUGUGUGUGUGUGUGUGUGUGUGUGAGAGAGAGAGAGAGAGAGAGAGAGAGUUUUGAAAAUAAAGAGAGAGAACUUUGAAGAUAAACAAAUUAAGAUUGGAUGAAGAUGGAAAAAGUGUUGAAAGGUGUAUCAAAAUAGCCAUAACAUUUGUCACUUUUUGUAAUGGUUUCAUUUGGGAUACCUGCAACUUUUAAUGCUAAUGGCUUUGCCAGGUUGGACGUUCAUGAUGUCAGUACACGGAAAGAAAACCAUUAUCUUCUUGGGAUAUUUAUUGGACCGUCCUUUGGAAAUUUUCUUUUCAUAAAUAGAUAUCAUACUUUGAUUAAAACAACCUUUCAUUCGCUAACUCGACAUUCGAUCGGAAUUGGUAAAUCAUCUAGUGCAAAGGUCUGAUUGACAUCUGCUCAAUACGUCUUAGUUAAUCCAUAUUGAAAUGAUGACGCUUAUGGUUGAUUGACUGAUUUUAAUUGAUAGCCAAAUUUCAAGCGUGGACAUGCACGAGAGGAUUUUUCUAUAUUUUGAGUCUUUUAAAAUCUUUAGUGGCAGGUUAAACUGGAGAAUGUAUAUUACGCUAUCAUUCCUUGAGCCUAAUGGUCAAGAGUAUCGUGUCACAUUUGCUUUGCCAAAUCAGUUUUGUCUAAAAAGAUGUCAUCCUGUUUUUUUGUCUUAGCAGGAAGUGAGACCCAAUCCAAGAGAGUUGAACCCAUAUUAUAAAGAUAGUGGAAGUGGUUUCCCAGAAGAAGCACCUGAUACUGCACAGAAUUCGAGCAAACUUUUUGCUUCUUCAGUUGUUGGUGAUGGUGGAGCUAGUUGGCGACUAAAGGCAUUAAAACGUGCACAGGAGCAAGCAGCUAGAGAUGGGCGAAAACUUGAUGAAGUACCGAUAUCUUUGAUUUUUCUUGAAAUAACAACUUUGAAAUACUGAUCACGUUUAAUUUUUGCAGGUUGUCGAAGAACGUUGGGGAUCUUUGGGUCAAUUAGCUGCAUCUGUAGCAUCUCGUAGAGUUGCACACACUCAUGCACAUCAGCAUGCCAUAAAAGAUAGAAGAAGAGGAAUCACAGAAAAACCUGAAAAAAAUGAGCAUGAUCAAAUGAAGGGACAAAACACAGAAGCACGGAUUGGUCACCGCGAUUAUUUGCAGGAUGUUUCUUCUCGUCAUCCUGAAAUGAGAAAACCAAAACCUGAUUCAAAUGGGUGGAGAAAGAGGAAGACAAGUGUCUUAGGCGAUAAUACAGUUAUAUCUGACGCUCUGUCAGCGUUAAAUAAAUUUUCAAAUGAUGGUAGCUUUUUGGAUACGAUUACUGUUCAGCAGGGUAGAGGUCCUGGAAAUUCAGUUGAGGAUGUAAGUGAAAUCAGGACAGAGGAAGCUGUUCCUUCCAAAACCAUCACAUCCGAGAAAGAACAUUCGGUUGCCGUGCAUGGAUUGAGUGCGAAUCAAUUGGCAGCUAAAGCAAUGCAGCUUCGUUUAAAAGGGAAUCAUGAAGAGGCUGAAAAACUCCUGGUGAGAGAACACAUCUACUUACAACUAGAUUUUUCUCUUUGGCUUUCUACGUCCUUAUUUACGUAUCUAAUUUCAAUAUAGAGAAGGAAAUUGCACGCCUUUAUUUUUAUUCAGGCAGAAGAAGAAUCCUACAGUGGAAGAAAUUUCUUUUGUAAUGAAAAAUUUAUUAGCUUCACUAAAAGAUGGCUUCGUUCUUUACAUGAAGACUUGGUUAUUGAGUAGCCGCACUGGCUUUGCUACCUUUGGUAUUGCUUAUGGGGUAUUACUAUCUUAAUGUGCAUUGAUUGAUCGUUUGGAUGUGUUCAUUCAAGAUGCCAAGCCAUCUUUUUGGUAGGGAGGUUGAACUGAGCAUCAGAUUCGAAGGUUAAGCUUAGUGUCAAUUAUAUUCCUCCAGGAUUUGCGUGGCAGACAGUCGUAUUUCUGAGAAAUUAUUAGGGGUUGCAGAAAUAUUGAAGCCAUGCUUUUAUUUCUUGAACACUCGUCUCUAGAACUUAAGCACUUGAAUAAUUUUCUUUCUUGCUCGUUUUCAGAAGGAAGCUGAGUCCAUGAGUUGCAACCGAGAUUCAAAGGCUAAACCCAUUGUUCAGGAAACCAAGGGAAACACAAGCAGGUUUACCCACUCACUUCAGUUGUGCAUAAAACAAAAUUUUCACGAAGAAAUACAUUUUGUAGCAUUAAUUAUCCCAUUAGAGCAAGAAUCAUAGCAUAAACUGUUUGUUCAUUGCUUGAUCAUGGUUCCCGGUAUAUAAUUCACUUUACUUAUUUUUAUUCUCUGACAAUCUCAGGUAUGAUGAGAGGAAGGCUUCUAGCCAUUUGAAGAAAAGGGAGGAUGACGGUGAUUUGAAUUUGGCACAAAGAAUUAUGCGAGAUCGAAAAUAUAGCAUGUCUGGGCGAGCAGAUGACGAGUAUGAUUUUGAUGAAGCUCCCACUAGAAAACAUAAGAAGAAAAGGGAAGUGGCAGCAGAGGAGAAGCAUAGCAUUGGCAAGCGUAUCUUGACACAGCAGGAACGAUGCCAAUUUUGCUUUGAAAACCCGUCACAACCAAAGCAUCUUGUUAUCUCAAUCGCAAACUUUACCUAUAUGAUGUUACCACGGUAUCAGCCUCUUGUGCAAGGCCACUGCUGUAUUUUGCCAUUGCAGGUAAGCAAACCAUCAGCCUGUCUUCCUUCUGUCCACGCAGUUAUUAAUUAAUUGGUGCAGCCUAUGUUUCAUUUAUAUAUAUGAUUUCUCUUCCGGAAGGAAGCGUCUGUUUGAAAGUUAGAAUGCUUUUUAGCCAUAUGCUUCUUGAGAAUCAAAGUCGGAGCAUUUUUGUACUCGUUACCCAUUUUUUAUUCCUUCUCAUUCACAAAUAUCCGACAGCUAGAAAUUUGAUAUCAUUUGGCACCUAAAAUGCAGCAUGAGGCUAGCACUAGAACAGUUGACGAUAACGUGUGGGAAGAAAUGCGCAACUUCAAGAAGUGUCUGAUAAUGAUGUUUGCCAAGCAAGAUAAGAGUGUGGUAUUCCUCGAGACAGUAAUUGGCCUGUCCAAACAGCGUCGUCACUGCUUAGUUGAGUGUGUCCCUUUGCCCAGUGAGCUUGCAGCAGAAGCACCUAUGUACUUCAAAAAGGUAUGGAGCAGGCUUUGUGCCUAGCAAAUGUUUAUAUUUUUCUCUGUCUUUCUGGUAAUCGAGCAGGCUUAUGCUGCUUAUUGUGGCAAGGAUGUUGUUCUUUUUUUCUGUAUCGUAAUCUGUUGUAGCUUUCUGAAUGUCUUAGCUACUACACUCUGCAAGUUCCCCAAUCUCUCUCUCUCUCUCUCUCUCUCUCUCUCUCUCUCUAAGGUACUUCUCAUUCUCACAGGCAAUCGAUGAAGCCGAGGACGAGUGGAGCCAGCACAAUGCCAAGAGGCUUAUUGAGACCACAAGUGAAAAGGGUCUGAGGCGAGUGAUCCCCAAGGAUUUCCCCUAUUUCCACGUGGAGUUUGGCUUAGACAGGGGAUUCGUCCACGUAAUUGACGACGAGGGAAGCUUCAACAGCAACAUUGGCCUGAACGUCAUCAGGGGCAUGCUCCAACUCCCUGAGGAGGACAUGUACCGCCGCCGCCGACAGGAAGCUGUAGAGACCCAGAGGUCAGCGGUGGCAGCUUUCGCACGGGAAUGGGAACCCUUCGACUGGACAAAACAACUCAGCUAA